UUUAUUUGUCUAUAUGGUUUCGGAUCGACCGUCUCCGAAUCGCUGAGCGCGCGGGAGACGAUCUAUCCGUUGUGUACACAGUCUAUGGACAAUUGUUCAUUGCAUUGUCGACGUCGACAGAUACCGUACCCUGCCAUAACGCCGCCGUACAGUUGUUGUACGUGCACGUGUACCGGUACCGUAUAUAUACGGUAUACCGUAGUAGUUUAUUUCAGUUUUGCUCCCUGUUCAUCGAUCAAAGUGGACCUGCUAUUGCUGCUCUCCUUCAAACAAAAUUAGAUGCGCUACUUAUACCGGUACCGGUACUUGUACUUUGUAGUAGUACAAUUCGACGGAAUAAUAAAGCCAAAAUUGUGCUUUUUUAAGAAGCCUACCUAGAAAAUUCUAGAAAUGUAUUCUGACAGUUCAGAGGCAGGAGGAAGUGGGAUUGCCCACGUAGAGGAUUCAAGUCCAGGCACUGAUCUCAUCAGAGACACAAGACUGAGGUCUGCAGGAGGGGUUCAUAAUACAUCUUCUUUAAAUGCUGGUCUUGGUUAUUCUGACAAUGAGGAGACUCAUUCUGAAUAUGUGGGAUCUGAUACAGAUGAAUCGCCAUUUAAAGCAUCCUUGCUUGGUUGGAUGAAAAGGUCUGUUGGUUUUUCCCAUGGUCGGUUCCCUGGUCUGAUAUCCAAGAUUCAUCUGGUACUGUGGGUGAUAUUGAUGCUAAUUGGACAUGCAUUUGGCACAUCUCUAGGAAAAGGUAUGGAUCACCUAUUUUUGAGAGUUUUAUAUAUGAAUUUAGUGAUGUCUACAUAUGCAACCGCCUAGAUUAUUUUAGUUUCUCCCAUCAUGCAAAUUUUUGUUGCGGCCGUGCGAUCUGUGAUGGAGACCUAAAGGGUGGACAUAACACCAGCAGCCACAGUAGCUCCACCUUAAGUCCUCAACUAUUCAUAUCUGGCAAGGUUCCUGACCCAUAAUGCAACAUUAAUAGCAGUGUAGUCUUGUGAUAUAAACCCACUUGAAUAGUAACACAGAAUGUUUUCAUACUGAAGGCAAAGUGGAGUUUCUGCGGAGUAAUUCCAGAUUGAGUUGAUAUGCUUGUAAUGCGGACAGACACCCCCUUUCAAAUGGGCAAGCUCUACAGCGGUGUAUCCCCAAUCAUUUUCCGUGGUUUCCAAGCGAGUUCGCGCCAUGUAUGUGGCGCACGAAUCUUCCCCAACGGAAAUUAAUGAAGUUACACGCGAGAAAGGGAUACUUACGGUGCGGACAAACUCUGUUAGUAACCCUCUUCUCGAAGUGGGUUGAGUACUCUGCUUUGAAUCCGGAUCGAAAUAAUCCUAGAAUUUUCAUACUGCCCUCCAAAGUGGAGUAACUCCUUCUGGACUCCGGUGUAACUCCACUUCGUCAGUAUGAAAACACCCUCAUUCACUACUCGAUACUCUCAUACUGCAAUAAUUAUUUUACCAAGUACAGUAGUAAAGCAAGUACAUGUACUUUCCUCUCAAAAUCUAUUAUUUCCUCAAUAGAACUUAAUUAUAUCAUAUGCUAGAUUAUUCUCUGAAUUAACCAUAUAUAUUUGAAAAUGUAUUUUUUCAAACUAGCUAUCAUGCAGUCAGUGAGAGACCACAUAAUAUUGGUCAGUUCCCUCCUCCUUAUUGUGCACAUUGCAUGAAAGCAUGAGCAUGAAUGUAAUCAUUCAUCCCAAACAUAUGAGUGGAAUUCUUUUAUAAGGAAAGUCCAUCCUUCAAAGGCCUUUGUCGCAUGACUUUUUAGAGUCUACGAGUACGACUCUUACGUUAACUUUUGAGACCAAACUUGCAGUGUCCAUGCAUGUGGUUCUCAAGUUAUGCAACAUUUCAUCAGCUUAUGUCAGAAUAAUUCUACUGUAUGCAAAUUGUGUUUUCAGCUAAAUUUACAUAAUAUGUUCAUAUUCGGGUUUUUUUUUAAAGUAUAUUUUAUCUGACUCUUCUUCCCCUAUAGUUAGUUUUAGUUUAUUUAAUUUUUUAUUAGGUUAUAUAUUUAAAUAAGCAUAACUUACAUAUUACUUUCACAUUUUUCAAAAAAUAACUUUUCAGUUUUACAUGCAUGCUUAUUUUCUUUGCAAGUGCCUGAGUCAGCUAAGACUUUAAUAGGGGGUGGAAUCGGGACUUUCCCCUGUUGCACCCAAUAAUGUCAAACAAUGCCCACAAGUAAAAGAAGACACACAAAUCUAAAACACUUAUCCACAAAUGAAAUAACACCAUUCCCCUGAAUGUAUAACACCCACAAAUAAUCACCAUUUUUAGCUCUGGGCCAGAUGAGCUUAUGCCGUGGCGUGGCGUCUGUCGUCCGUCCACAACUUCAAAAUGCUUAUUCGCCAUUUCAAGUCCGAUUUCAAUUAUGUUUGCUUUAUAUGAUAGCACUAGGUGGGGGAUUCAAAAUUUCUACACAGAAUUUUGAAACUCAUUAAAUAUGCUAAUUUAUGGGCAUUUUUCAAAAUUCACAAAAAAUGCUUCUUUAUUUGUUGACAGAUUUUGAAUUUUUGCUUCCAUUUGGUAGAGCUUCAUGAGGUUCACCAAACUUCUACACAGAAUUUUGAAAUUUUGGCUCGAACAUUUUUUAAUGCUUAUUUAUGCAAAAGGUCAAUUCCAUUGUGACUUCUGGGACAUUUGAUACUUUUUUCCACAUAACUGAAGUGCAUAUCUGAAAUAGUAACUGCACAAACAUGGAUUUACUUUAUUAAACUGUAAGAAUAAUACUGAAACUUACUAUAUAUACAAAAAUUUAUGCUUUCAGCUUGGUUGCAUAGGGUGCUAUAUCUUCAGAAAUGUCAUUGUGACUUAUGGGACGUCGAUGGACCACACAAAUUGAGCUCUUUUGUUCAAAGUGCCAUAUCUAUCUCAGUUUUAUGACAAUGUUUUUAGAUUUGGGCUUGGAGAUUAACCAGUGAUAGUGCUCACUAACAGUACUUGAAUUGGACUUGAUUCAUUUCAUUUGUUUCAGUAGUUGUAUGCAGUCGUGUGUGACUUAUGGGACAAGUGAAUGUGACUGAUGGGACCCUAUCUCAUUUCAUGGAAUUUACAUUUCCUCUCAAUGACUUUUUAAGUCAAACUUAAUUUCAGCAUGAAGAAAUAUUCCCUUAUAAGAUGACACCUUUAAUAAUUCAUGCCAUUGUGUCAGAAAUAAAUUCAACAAAGGGCAGAAACAUAUUUUCAUGCACUUCAUGUAUAUAAAGGGAACAUUAACCAAAAUAAAAUCUUCCUAACUUGUCAGCAAUCUUUAAGAACUGUAGUCAAAUAAGUACAAAAUAAUCAAUAAACAAUUACAAUCAUAAAUAUUUAGCAAACAGAUGAAAAAUGAACGGUUAGAAUAAGAAUGUACACCCUUUCCAUUGUGACUGAUGGGACAUAAUGAUAGGACAUAUUUGUUACAGAUGGGACAAAUACAUGUAAAUGUUUCUUUUCUCGAUCUGUCUCGUACAGUAUGGUAAGAAAAUGACCUUUUCAGUGUAUUACAUAUGUAAGCAAAUUAAGACGUUAAUGCUGCCAUGAAGUACAGUGUAUAUCAAUAUUCUUGUUAAUAUAUUCUCUUUCGUGUCUGUAGUAUUUAGGAACUCAGAGACAUAAAACUAGAUACAAUGAAUUUAGAAGUUGAGAUGAUUUAAUCUAUUCCAAGAUGUCCGAUCAUAUUCCGAGAUCAUGUGUACAUAAAGGGGAUUGAGCCCUCGACGUUGACUGUUAGCACAGUCUUACAAACACAACAUAUUUCCCUCCUUUAAAGAGAUGAAUAAUGUUAUAUAACUAAGUCCAGAUAUGAGUUCAAAAGUUUAUGAGUCCAGAAAAUAAAACUUGUUUAUUAACAACAAGCCUGAAAUUUU